AUGGCUCCACCUCGAAGAUCAAUAUUCAUUUUUGAGAAUGUGGACAUUCCAGAACAAAUAGAAGAAAUGCGACGAUAUGAGCAAGAAAUGAAGGAUCGUGCUUUAGCUGAGAGUAUUCAACGAGGAGAGCUCAUGGGCACUGAAGAUGACGACGAAGAGAUCGUCGCGGCUCCAGCUACACCUCAAGUUCCAAAUGACGCCCUUGUCGAUGUCGAUGAUUCCGAUGAAUCGCUCGUUGAUGCUCCGAUUCCAGCGCCUGUGCAAACGCCGCCACCAGUUGAGAUCCGGCGUAGUCAGAGAAACUCUGUCGUUAUCGAUUUGACCAAUGAUUCUCCACCAGGACCAAUUCGAAAUCCACGUAGUAGACGUUCCCCACUUACUAGACUUACUCAACAACCUCACCCUUACAUAAUUUCAUCGAGAGUGCAAUUGGCUUCAACGAGCCAAAGCGUUUCUAUUAUUGACCAUCGUGUGAACGGAGACAACAAUGAAAUCGUUGCUGAACCGCAGUUUCCAAGUGACAGCAGCCAACCGAGUACAUCUCGUGGAAUCACCCACUCGCCUAUUCGAAUUGGCACUCCAGUUACGACCUGGGGAGAAUGUUUAAUGUGUUUCGAUAGUCCGAUUGAACCACAAGGAUGUAAUAAAUGUCAUCAAAUUUUGGGUUGUAAAACAUGUGUCGAGAAUUGGUAUCAAUCUUCCGGAUGUCCGUCGUGUCCACUGUGUCGUCGCAAAUGGCAUCGCAAGCCUGAUGUCUCUCGUAUGGAUUUGGUGGCUAGGCGACGCAAUACUAAGAAUUCUCGUCGAUCUCAACGUGUACAUCGUUCUGUACCUGUCGCUGCUGAGUAG